AUGGCAGCUGAGACAGGGAGAUACAGGAGUGCAGUUAGCAAAAACAAAGACCCUUCUGGUCUUCUUAUCUCUGUCAUAAGGACUCUGUCCAGCAGUGAUGAUGUGCAGGACAGGGAGACGGAGAAGGGUCGUCUGGAAGAGGCCUUUGAGACAUGCGACAGGGAUUUAGAUGUGCUGAUUGUUCAGCAUUAUGCCGAACUUACCACCGCCAUCAGGACCUACCAGAGCAUCACCGAGCGCAUCACCAGCUCCCGCAACAAGAUCAAACAGGUGAAGGAGAACCUCCUGUCUUGUAAGAUGCUGCUCCACUGCAAAAGGGAUGAGCUGAGGAAGCUGUGGAUAGAGGGCAUCGAGCACAAGCACGUCCUCCAGCUGCUGGAUGAAAUCGAAAGCAUCAAGCAGGUGCCUCAGCGGCUGGAGGCCUAUAUGGCAAGCAAGCACUACCUUCAUGCCACAGAUAUGCUGGUGUCAGCCGUGGAGUCCUUGGAAGGGCCCCUGCUGCAGGUGGAGGGGCUGGGAGAUCUGCGCCUGGAGCUUCACAGCAAGAAGCUCAACAUCCAUCUUGUACUCAUUGAUGAGCUGCACCGACACCUCUACAUCAAGUCCACAAGUCGCCUGGGACACAAGAACAAGGACAAAAAUGCUGCUCGUCUUCUAGGCUCCGCGGCUAAAGACGCAUCUCCAAUGCCUGUGUUGGAUGUCAGCAGCAUGUCCACCCCACGCAAGCUUUUGGACUCAUCACAGUUCAGCACACCUGGAUCCAGCAGCGUGCGUGAGCUGCAGCAGGAUGUGCGGGAGUUGAACCAAGCGGAUCUCCCUGAGGUGGAUCCAGAGGAGAACAGUGCUGGGUUCAUGGGCAUCCUCAUCAAGGCUCUGGCCAAGUUGAAGAAAAUCCCUGAGACCAUCAAAGCCAUAAUGGAGCGGCUGGAACCUGAGCUGAAACAGAUUGUCAAGAGGUCCACCACUCAGAUCGCAGACCAUGCUUACCAGAGAGGAGAAAACUUGGCCCAGGAGAGUCAGCCAAGGCUGCUGCUGGAACUGCUGGAGCUUUUGUUUGAUAAGUUCAAGGCAGUGGCCCAGGCUCACAGCGUGGUGUUGGCCCACAUGCAGCAGAUUGCGGUGCAGUGCCCGGGCGGGGCGCACGAAGAGGGCAUCAAACUCUACGAGCAGGCCGACGUCUCUGCCAAGAUCCAGACAGUGCUGCAGGUUCUGCUCAUGGAGUAUCUGGACGUGAAGAACAGCCGCAGUGCCACAGAACCAUCAGCUCAGCUCUCCUAUGCCAGCACUGGCAGUGAGUUUGCUGCUUUUUUUUCCAAGAAGAAACCACAGCGUGCCAAGCAGUCGCUCUUCAAGUUUGAAUCAUCUUCCCAUGCCAUCAGCAUGAGUGCCUACUUGAGAGAGCAGAGGCGAGAACUCUACAGCAAAAGUGGAGAAUUACAAGGUGGUGCUGAUGACAACUUGAUUGAAGGGGGAGAAAUGAAGUUUGUGUGUAAACCUGGAGCGAGGAACAUCACUGUCAUCUUCCAGCCUCUCCUCAGGUUCAUUCAGGAGAUAGAGAUGAAUAUGGGGCCAGGCCAGGCCAAGCAGUGCCAGCUCCGAGCCUUCCUCACUUACUACAUCAAUGACCUCUUCCUCAAUCAGGUCCGAACAGAGAUCAACAAAGAAAUUGAGGCAGUGAGCAAGACGGCUGACCCCUUGAAGAUCCUUGCCAACGCUGACACCAUGAAGGUUCUGGGUGUUCAGAGACCCUUGCUGCAGAGCACGGUGGUAGUGGAGAAGUCCAUCCAGGAUCUAAUGAGCCUAAUGCAAGACCUGAGUGCCUACUCCAACCAGUUCCUUGAGAUGGUCUGCGACAAGCUCAAAGACUACAAAGAGAUCUGCAACACAGCCUACAGGGGUGUAGUCCAGUGUGAGGAGAAGCUCACCAUCAGUGCGUCCUGGUCUAAAGACGAGGACAUCAGUCGCCUGCUCCAGUCGCUCCCUAACUGGGCAAAUAUGGCUCAACCCAGACAGACGCGACAGAAGAGAGAGGACGAAGAGGACUUUACUCGGGCGGCUUUUGCUAAGGAGUCAGAAGUGCUGACUGGGAACCUAGGAGAUAAAUUAAUCCCCCAGAAUGAGAUCCUGCGGGACGUCAGUGACCUGAAGGCUCUGGCCAACCUUCACGAGAGCAUGGAGUGGUUUGCCGGUCGCCUUAAGACGUUCUUCACCAACCUGCCUCAUGCCUCCAGUGCGUCUCCUUGCUCAGCAGACAGCCAGGUGGUUAGUGAGAACGAGCGGAGCAGGGAACAGAUUCUGCAGACCCUAAGUGAUCUUUCCAGGGGCUUCCAGGACAUUGCAGACCGCUGUCUCCUGGUACUGCACCUGGAGGUCAGGGUGCAUUGUUUCCAUUACCUGAUCCCCCUGACCAAGCAAGGCAAUUAUGCCAUCGUGGCUAAUGUGGAGAGCAUGGACUACGACCCACUGGUGGUGAAACUGAACAAGGACAUCUCAGCCAUAGAGGAGGCCAUGGGGGCCGCCCUGCAGCAGCACAAGUUCCAGUACAUCUUUGAAGGUCUGGGUCAUCUGAUCUCCUGUAUUCUAAUCAACGGGGCCCAAUACUUUAAGAGGAUCAGCGAGUCUGGUAUCAAGAAGAUGUGCAGGAACAUCUUUGUCCUGCAACAGAACCUCACCAACAUCACCAUGUCCAGGGAGGCCGACCUCGAUUUCGCCAGGCAGUACUAUGAGAUGCUGUACAACACUGCAGAUGAGCUUCUGAAUCUGGUGGUGGACCAGGGUGUUCGCUACACGGAGCUGGAGUACAUCAAUGCCCUGUCCUUACUCCAUCGCAGCCAGACGGGUGUAGGGGACCUGAGCACCCAAAACAUCCGACUGCAGAGGCUGAAGGAGAUCAUCUGUGAGCAGGCCGCCAUCAAACAGGCCACUAAGGACAAGAAGAUUACUACGGUGUAAUGAUAAAACAGGACAGGGUCCACAGGUCCACUCUUUUUUCAUUUCAGCUCCUUCAGAUCUGUCUGGCAGGAACAUAUGCAACAGAUCCUUGGGUCAUGUAUGUAAGAGUAAGGAAUUAUAGAGCAAAAACUUGACCGAAUAUUUAAGAAUUGGGUUAGAAAACACUGAAAUAGAGGCCUACUCUAGACCUAGAUCAUAAUGUGUGUGAAAUCUGUCGAUGGAAAGGGUGUCCUCUCCAUUUCAUCUCUCUGAUGCAAUACACUGUAGUCGAGGGACUCUGGGCAUGGAUGUAUGUGUGUAUAUAUAUAUAUCUAUAUCUAUAUAUAGAUAUAGAUAUAUAUCUCAGCGUAUGCAGCUCUGGCUCACUCUAAUUGGGAAGUGAGGUGACAGCCAACACAACUGCAAACUUUGCAAGUUUCGUUCGCUAUGCAUCUUUGUCACAAGGUAACCUAUAUCAAUUUACACUUUUUAAAUAAACAACAAUUUCAGCACUUGCGCUCCAACUCCAACACUGACUGCAGCUCCAGAUAAAAGGCAAUUGUCUUGGACUAUCACGCGAAUUUAGGCUCCAUCUCAUCUCAUUUUCCUAUUAGAUCUAAACUGCUGCUCUCAAUUACACCUCUAUCUCUCCUCUCCUGGCAGCCCCAUGUGCCCACUGAUUCUGUCUGCAAUAACAGAUGCCAGAUUAGACCAUCUGAAUGAGGCCACAUCUUCCGCCUGCUGCCAAUUUCGGUUGGUCCCCAAAGAUUUCCCUAGCUGAGAAUUGUAUCAUAUCUAUGGCUGUUAAAAAAAUCUGUUUAUCUGUCUUUUUUUUCUUAUAGUUUGUGCAGUAAACUAGUGUGGAAAGUUGUCAGCUGAUUAACAUUUUUGACAAAUUGGACAGCAGAGACUCAGUUAUAAAGAUACUUUUGCUGAAUUCAGUUUCAUCCUUCCAUAAAUCAGGGAUAUGGUAUAUUUCAAGUCCCAGCAUACCACAGUGGAAUGACUUUGUGUUGAGGCAAGUGUGUGGGAAAACAUUUCAUCGGUCAUACUUGCUCUAUAAACUGAAACGACGCAAUUCUAAAUCUUUAUUUUGUUGUCCCCACUGCUUGUCCGCAAGUCUUUUAAAGUGAACCAUACAUAUAAACUUAAGAGACGAUCACAAAUCAUUCCCCUCCCUGCAAACCUCCCUGUUUUUAGUUCAUUAACUUGGGAGAGAAGUGCUUAACGAGAGUCGGGGAGGAGUAUGGGAGCCUUGUCAAUAUGGCGGGCCCGGCGUUGGCCUCCCCGAAGCUCACAGAGCAAUCCAUUAUAGUGACACAUAGGCUGGGAUCGAUGGGAGAACAACCAUAGAGCUGCUGAGGGGUUUGCCUACCACUCUGAAACGUACACUUGGUGUAAAAUCUAAAAUCUGCUCAUUCAGCAGUUCACUUCAGAACUACUUUUGUAAUGUUAUACAUGGGAAACUUUAAUACAAUGUUAACUGCCUGUGUCAUAUCACACACGGAUACUAUUAUGCUAUUAUCCCACUGCACACGCAUAACCCCUAAAAGUCCUGAAGGCUUAUGUAUUGGGCAUCUUCCAUAUAUGUAAGUGCAAACCACUCCUGCUGUCCAUGCUUUUUACUCAUGAAUUAAAUAUGUAAUAGAGUUCAUUUUUUGCUUGCAGGCCAAAGUGCGCUCAUCUGCCUUUCUAUCUCACGUUUCUUUUUCUUUGCAAUGAACAUUUAUUUUGCACAUCUAAAAUGAGUCAUUUCUAUGUCUCAAGUAAGAAUGUAUUGAAAUCUAUACAUCAGAAUGUGUUAGUCUUGAACAAGUUUAAACAUCCUCAUUGUGUCAUUUUAGAAAUGCUAUGAAAUGUUUGUCUAGUAUAAAUUAAGCACACAUGAUUUGUUAAGGCACACUAAAAAAAAAGAAUAAAUCCUUCAAAUUCCA